ACUCUAAUGCUCAUCUGGAAUUGGAAAACGAAUCCCUGAAAAAACAGAUUAAAAGUAUGAAGCAGUCCGUUCUGGAUGGGAAAAAGUUAGUGCACAACAUGGAUGAUAUUCAUGCUGCACUUGCUGAGAAGGAGAGGGCCACAUGUAGCCUUAUGGCCAGCAUCAGAAAGCUGGAGAAGGAGAACAAAACCAUGAAUGGCCAGAUUGCAGCCAUCAACGAUGAGAUAUCUGUUAUUUUGCCCAAAAGAGAAAUGGACAAAAAGAAAAUAACAGAUCCGAGUCAAAUCGUGCAGACUUUAGAGGAAAAACUGCAGGAGACGAAAUUGCAGGUCGCUGAAAAAGAUGAAAUAAUUCAGCUAAGAGACUGCAUGAUUGACAGGCAGAAAGUUUCCUUAAUGGAGCUCAACACAACUGGAGAACAACUAAAAAGUAACAUUAAGGACCUGGAGAGCCAGAAGGAAUUUGCCGUUGUUUCCACAGGGGGAAGUUUCCUAAACCUGGACGGCACUUUCUUUCUGGCCCCAGAGAAUCCUCUCUCUCUUGCUGAAGAGUUCAGCAUGAUGCCUGGAUUGGAGAACACGGAGGCAUCUCAGAACCCAGGUAAUCUGGAAGGUGAGGCAGGAGUCAUCAGUCGGCAGGAGGUGGAAAAAGACCUGGCAGAGCUCAAGGCCUUGGAGGUGGAGCAGGCACAGCACAGCGAGAACAGUGUCAGCUGGCUGGGUCAGGCCUGGGGGUGCUUUAAAAGAGGGGCCUGGGUUGGUGCUGCUGUCGGACUGGGUGUUCUGCUGCUGCUCCUGAGUCUCCUCAGUUUGGCCACACCCUCCUGUUCCAUCAUCCCUGGCCUGGACAGUAUGGAUGUCCUGUGGACCACCACCCGUCAUCUCAUGCAGCCAUACUGUGAUGUUCAGCAUUUGGGCAUGCCACCCUUUUGA